UAGGUUUUGUUUAAUUCGAAUCCAGCGCGUCUGGAUGUAACCGCUCUUGUUUUGUUCUGCUUCUUCUUCUCUACUCUGUCACUCUCCCUUCGCCUUUGUUUCCGUCUGCAGAUCGGUCACGCGGUGGCCUCCGAUUCACGUAAUCAUUCAAUUCUGAGGUACACCAUGGCCAUGGAAGUUACGCAGGUUCUUUUGAAUGCUCAAUCUAUUGAUGGGAACGUGAGGAAGCACGCUGAAGAAAACUUGAAACAAUUCCAGGAGCAAAACUUCCCCAGUUUCUUGCUUUCUCUCUCUGGGGAAUUGGCAAGUGAUGACAAACCAGCUGAUAGCCGAAAGUUGGCAGGUCUGAUACUAAAAAAUUCGCUGGAUGCUAAGGAUGAAAGCAGAAAAAGUGAGCUGGUUCAAAGAUGGUUGUUGUUGGAUCCUUCAGCAAAGACCCAGAUAAAGUCAUGCCUGCUGCAAACUCUCUCUUCUCUUGCAGUUGAUGCACGAUCUACUGCGUCUCAAGUGAUUGCUAAAAUUGCAGGGAUUGAGCUUCCUCAGAAACAGUGGCCUGAACUGGUAGGCUCACUUUUAUCAAACAUUCAUCAAAUACCUGCUCAUGUCAAGCAAGCAACCUUGGAGACUCUAGGGUAUUUGUGUGAGGAAAUUUCUCCUCAGGUUUUAGAUCAAGACCAAGUAAAUAAAAUACUUACAGCAGUAGUUCAAGGUAUGAAUGUACCUGAUGGGAACAAUGAUGUCAGGCUUGCUGCUACGAGGGCAUUAUACAAUGCUCUAGGAUUUGCUCAAGCUAAUUUUAGCAAUGAUAUGGAGCGUGAUUAUAUUAUGAGAGUUGUCUGCGAGACAACUAUGUCUCCUGAAGUGAAAAUACGACAGGCUGCUUUUGAGUGCUUGGUCUCAAUUGCAUCGAUGUAUUACGAGAAAUUAUCUCCUUACAUCCAGGAUAUUUUCAACAUCACAGCAAAGGCUGUUAGGGGUGAUGAAGAGCCUGUUGCGCUUCAGGCCAUUGAGUUUUGGAGUACAAUUUGUGAUGAGGAGACAGAUAUCUUGGAAGAAUAUGGGGGUGAUUCAACUGGGGACUCUGAUCUAGCUUGUUUUUAUUUUAUCAGGCAAGCUCUUCCUGCACUUGUCCCCUUGCUUUUGGAAACACUACUUAAACAAGAGGAGGAUCAGGAUCUGGAUGAAGGUGCCUGGAAUAUUGCAAUGGCAGGUGGCACGUGCCUUGGUUUAGUUGCACGCACAGUAGGAGAUGAUGUUGUGCCUCUUGUAAUGCCCUUCAUUGAGGAGAAUAUUACAAAACCGGAUUGGAGACAGAGGGAAGCAGCCACUUAUGCAUUUGGCUCGAUCUUGGAUGGUCCUUCGCCGGACAAACUAGCAUCUCUUGUCAAUGUUGCUUUACCAUUUAUGCUCAGUGCAUUGAUGAAGGACCCAAAUAAUCAUGUGAAGGAUACCACUGCUUGGACACUAGGACGGAUGUUUGAAUUUCUCCACAGUUCAAUUGUUGGCACACCACUUAUUAAUGAAGGAAAUUGCCAACAGAUUAUCACAGUUCUGCUCCAGAGCAUGAAGGAUGCUCCCAAUGUUGCUGAGAAAGCUUGCGGAGCUCUUUAUUUUCUUGCCCAGGGUUAUGAGGAUGUGCAAGCAGCUUCUCCUCUGACUCCCUUUUCCCAGGAAAUAGUUCAAUCUCUUCUCUCUGUUACACACAGAGAAGAUGCAACAGAAUCGCGAUUGAGGACUGCUGCAUAUGAAACUUUGAACGAAGUAGUGAGGUGUUCAACUGAUGAAACAGCUUCCUUGGUGUUACAACUGGUUCCUGUCAUUAUGAUGGAGCUGCACAAGUCUUUUGAAGGGCAGAAUCUUUCAUCUGAUGAAAGAGAAAAGCAGAGUGAUUUGCAGGGGCUUCUUUGCGGAUGCUUGCAGGUAAUUAUUCAGAAGCUCGGUUCAUUAGAGGCUACCAAAUCUGCCUUCAUGCAGUAUGCUGAUCAAAUUAUGGGGCUAUUUUUGAGGGUUUUUGCUAUUAGAAAUGCCACUGCACAUGAGGAGGCCAUGCUUGCCAUUGGAGCCCUUGCGUAUGCAACAGGCCCUGAUUUUGCAAAAUACAUGCCAGAAUUCUACAAGUAUCUGGAGAUGGCUCUUCAGAAUUUUGAGGAGUACCAAGUUUGCGCAGUCACUGUUGGUGUGGUGGGGGACAUAUGCAGGGCAUUAGAAGAUAAAAUACUUCCUUAUUGUGAUGGGAUUAUGACACAACUUCUAAAGGAUUUGUCAAGUGAUAAUUUGCACCGCUCUGUGAAGCCCCCAUUGUUCUCAUGCAUUGGUGAUAUAGCUCUUGCUAUAGGAGAUAAUUUUUAUAAAUACUUGAUGUAUGCAAUGAACACACUUCAGCUUGCUGCAGAGACGUAUGCACACGCAUCAGGUUUUGAUGAUGAAAUGACAGAGUACAUCAAUUCUUUAAGAAAUGGCAUAUUGGAGGCAUAUUCUGGAAUUUUUCAAGGUUUUAAAAAUUCAUCCAAGACCCAGCUCUUGAUUCCUUAUGCACCUCACAUCCUCCAGUUCUUGGAUAGCAUCUACAUGGAAAAAGACAUGGAUGAAGUGGUUAUGAAAACCGCAAUUGGGGUCCUUGGAGAUUUGGCUGAUACACUUGGAAGUAAUGCAGGUUCUUUGAUACAGCAGUCAUUGUCAAGCAAAGAAUUUUUAAAUGAAUGUUUGACCUCUGAAGACCAUUUGAUUAAAGAAUCUGCUGAGUGGGCCAAGUUGGCCAUCAAUCGUGCGAUAUCUGUUUGAGGUUCAUCUGAAUUAGCGCAUUCUUUAUCAUCUUAAAAUACCUGCAUGCAUUUGGGUGUGUCGGGGUGGGUCUGGGAUUGCAUGUGUCAAGUCAUCACAUUCAGGCAACAGAAGCUAUCAGUCUGACAGUCUUCAAGUUGUCACUAACUCUUGCAUCAUCACCAAUGCAUCACUGACUUUUGCAUGAGCAUCAAGUCUGGUUCAGAUAAGAGGAAGAAGAGAGAGAUGAGUUUGCAAAUUUGGGUGGAGUCUUCAUGCAGAGUUGUCGACUUCAUGGUUGAGUGGAGGUAGCUUUUCUUGGAUUAACACAGAUCAGGCACCUCUGGAGUCAUACAUUGAGUCUUGAUUGUCAGAAGAUAAACCCAUUAUAACCUAAAAAACGUUUACUCUCAAGCUGGUUGUCGGUUAUCAGCAUGGAUGAGUUCACUGGGCUAAUACGAUUUCUCUUUCAGUACCGUCCAAGCGCUGUGUCGAGGGACUUAUUCUUCCUUUUCAUUGAAGUUACCCCCUGGCUCUGUUGCUUAUCACCAUCACUGGGCUGUUUUUCAUCCAUGGAUUUUCCCUCCAUACUUGUGUCCUUGGGUUGGGGUCUUUGGGCAUUACUGACACGGGUUGGGAUUUUUUAUCUUUUUUUGGGGGACAGGGUUGGGAUGAUUACAUUCUGGUAGCAUCAUGCGUUUCUUUAUUUUUAUUUUUUUUGGUCUGUAAUUUGUUUUAGGUGGGAAAAAAAAUCAUGUUUUUAUGGAAUCAUCAACUGUGCCUUGAUAUCAUUUUAUACUUGUGGGCUUUGUGUUGCUUGUGAAACGUGGAUGUAAUCAAAUCUCGGUUAACGUACCUACAGAAUCAUGCUUAAAAUCGUCAGAUGUUCUGACGGUGCUAAAGGGACCAACAAAGUGUGGUUUGGUGUUUCGGUUUUUGGAAUACAGUUAUCCUCUCUGGCUCGGUCUUUGUUA